AUGGCAGAACCACAAGAUUACCUGAUGGAUGGCACUCCGCUCAUCACCGCCGCUCUACUGGGCAAACUGCGUUUGGUUCGUCUGUUGGUGGAAGGAGGCGCCCAGGUCAACAAGCGCAACCAGAGAGGAGAGACGCCCCUGCUGGCCGCCUGCCGAGCUCUUCGGGGCGAACAGUGUGGAACAACUAUGCUCAAACUUAUUCAGUUUCUCCUUAAUAACCAGGCUGACCCAAACAUACAGGACAAGUCGGGCCGUACGGCCCUCAUGUACGCCUGUAUGGAGCGGGCAGGGGUAGAAGUGGCAUCUGCUUUGAUCGCAGCAGGCGCUGACCCGAGUAUGGAAGACUACGCCGGGGCUUCGGCUCUCGUAUAUGCCAUAAAUGCCCACCAUCAGGACACUCUACAGGUGUUGCUCGACGCCUGCCGAGCCAGAGGACGUGACAUCAUCAUCAUCGCCACAGAUUUAAACUGCGACGGCAGCAGCGUGACACGGCGUUACCUGAAUGUCCCGCCCUCACCUGACAGCUCACCCGUCUCCUGCAUGUCUCCCUCAGAUAUCGAGCUGAAGACCAGCUCGCCAAACUCCGAGGGAGAAAACAUCUUCAAUUUUCGAGGUGGCGAGACGGCGUCUCCUUUGCUUCAGAGGAGCGGUUCUUUGUACCGCCAGCGGUUGCGUUCAGAGCCCUGGCUGGCCAUUCAAAACCUGGCCCAUCUUACCCACACCUACGAGAAGAACUCUGAGGGAUCCGUGGGAGAAGACAACGAGGACGAGAGUGGCGAAAGACACGAAGAGGAUCAAACCACCUCCUCACUCGCCAGCCUAUCAAAGAAAACCGAUUUCAAACCCAAAUGGAGCCAAUCAGGACAAGAGCGGCAACAAAGCCGAAGGAAUACUUUACCUGACCUUCAAGGUCAGUCGUUACUCCAGUUACCUUCCCUAAAACUGACGCUCUCCAGCUCAGAUACUCACCUACACGAGUUACUUCCAGCAUCAUCCAGCGGAACCCAGUUCCCUUCCAUAUACAGAACCAGUUCGCUGUUUCUAGCGCCCCCUAGUGGGAUUCGUGACUCCAGUACGACUAGCAAAAAGAAGCCGCGAGAGCAGUUGAGUGCUAAACCUCCAUCCCGGGGCGGUUUCCUGCCCCCUCUCCCCAUUAGCGCUACUGUAAAUGCUUUUCUACCACCCGUGUGCAGAGACCCAAACCCAGAAUCCAGAUCUACAGUCUCACUUCCUGUCAAACAGGAAGCUCAGAGCGGCAGGAGUCUGUUACGCCGUCACUCUAUCCAGCUCGGGCAGAUGAGCCAGACAGGAUGUUCAGAGGAAACGCAAUAUCUUUUGGGAACAUCGAAUAAAACUGGCAAACAAUGA